UUUCUCCCUCCCUCUCUCUUCCUCUCUUUCUCUCUCUCUCUAUCUCUCUAUCUCUCUCUAUCUGUCUAUCUAUCUAUCUAUCUACCUAUCUAUCUAUCUAUCCUUCCCUACCGAUUCGGUCGAGGCGACACGUUCGACGACGUCGUAGCCGACGAUUCAACCUAGAAGUUUUCCCCUAUCGCGCGAUCCUCUAUCGGGGAACCGAUCGAUCGAUGACGGGCUUCCGGUCGCGAGAGGUCCAGCCGACGACGACAAGCUGGCCAGGAACGGUGUGAUCGUCGGGUGGAAGAGGAGGAAGCUCCUGGCGAGCGCACCAUGGGGAACGCCGCCGCGAAGAACCACUACUCGAAGAGCCUCGCCGUCGGCGCCGCGUCCAGGAGACCACGCUGGGAGGGAUCAGGGCUUCCAGCACCGCCAGGGAAGCCGAUUUUAAUACCGGGUGCGGACGAAUCUCAGCCGGAGGUGGUCGCCAUUCGUUGGGAGAGGUCACCGAGUAACGGUGGCUCGGCCAUUGUCGGAUACCUGGUCGAACACAGGAGGCUCGGCUCGCAGCAUUGGGUACGCAGCACGACAGCGCUUUGCGCGUUCCCGGAACUGACCUUGAGCGGCCUCGAGCCCGGAUGGCGCUACCAAUUCAGGGUCAGGGCGCAGAACGCUGUGGGCCUCUCGCGGCCCAGCGAGGUCUCGGACCCACUGACGGUGACCUUGCAAAGGUCCGCCGCUUCCGCGCCGUCCUUCGAACUCGAGCUCAAGGACACGACCGUCCUUGAAAAUGACCAGGCUGAAUUUACAGUGAAAUUCAAUGGGUCCCCUCUGCCGAAGAUCUCGUGGUUCAAAGAUGGCUUCGAGAUCUUCAGCAGCAGACGAACUAGGAUCAUCACGGACGGUGGGAAAAGUGUCCUUCUAAUACAUCAAACCGCGUUGAACGACGAAGGUGAAAUUAAAUGCACAGCCACUAACAGAGCAGGUCAUACUAGUACCAAAGCUAGAUUAAUGCUGGAAGCACCUCCAAAGACACGACUACCACGCCAGUACGAAGAUGGCCUUCUGUUCGAACAGGAUGAGACGAUGAGAUUGAAAGUGUCAUUAGCAGGUAGACCACCGCCAUCUGUAACAUGGUACCACGAUGGCGAGGCAAUUUCAGAAGAUAGCAGACACAUCUUGGAAACAAUGGAUAAUGAAUCGAUUCUGAAGAUACCCGACGCAAAACGAAUGGACAGGGGGGAGUACACAGUUAAAGCCACAAAUAAACUCGGAGAGGACAUAUCUUCGUUUUUAGUUACGGUUACAGAUCGACCUGCUGCACCAGGUAAAGCGAUGGUAACUAUGACCCUAGGCAGGUCGGUGACGUUAUCCUGGAACGAACCAGAAGACGAUGGUGGUUGCAAAAUAGGAACUUACGUCGUCGAGUAUUACAGGGUCGGAUGGGACGUUUGGCUGAAGGCAACCACCAGCAGGCAGACCAAAGCGACGAUGUCCGAACUGAUCGAAGGAUCAGAAUACAAAUUUCGAGUGAAGGCUGAGAACCCUUACGGCAUGAGCGAACCCGGCGAAGAGAGCGAUGUGAUUUUCAUUCCAGAUUUGAAAAGAGGUAUAGUGACACCUUCCCUGGGUGGGAAGUCGCAGAGUCACCGCGAAAUCAGAUCACGUGAGAAAAGAGAGGUAAGCUUCGCAGUGCCGACUCAGAGAACCAGAAGCUUGACGAGGGAAGAAGGACGAGCGCGAGAUGAAGAUGACGAGGGACGUUUCGGACCGAGCAGUCGAUCCGUAUCAGCACAAAGGCUCAGCAGACCGUCCAGAGCAGACAGUAGAGUUACGUUUGCCCUGGACACGAUGGACAAGACGGUGACUCCCGUGCCACCAACCAGGUUAAGGGAUCAUUCCACUUCAAAGCACGACAGUAGGGCUGAUCUUCACGUGGAACAUUCGAAUAUUAGUGCAGACGUAACCGAGACUUUCAGCGACGAGAAAGACACUGUAACAGUUUCUAUGAUUCCUGCAACCGUGCCAGUGCUGCCACCCUUAACAGACGAAUCUAGUAAACGUUCAAUGUUCAGAGAAUCUCGCUCGCGGUCAGUCUCCGUUUCAAGGGAGCGCAGCAUGUCUCCUUUAUCGAUGCCUAAAAUCCAAGAAGAAGAGGGUUCUCCGGACACAAUACGUCCCGUUCGUCCUCAGAUAAAUAUAUCGUUAAGGAAACAACAAGCUAUCGUCGACGAACCAGAGCCACCCUUCAUAAGAACUCCUUCGGUGGAAGAAAAACCAAAUUCUCCGGUAACACCUAGAGAAGAUGACGAAACCGUGUUGCAUGGUAGCUCAGAGUUUAUGUUGGUAUUGUACACCGAAGACCAAGACAAGAAACUCGUGGACAUUGAUGGCAGGCCGAAAAGUUUAGAAACGAGACAAAGCGCAACCGAAGAAGCCGAGGAGAUGGAAGACCUCAUCCCGCCACCCAUGUCACUCUCUCUGCCAGAACUAUUCAGCGUGGAGCAUCAAGUAGUAGAAACUCUCCGCGAAGCGGUCAGCUCCACGGAAUUGCUACACGAGCGAGCAAUGGAGCGAUUCUACCGAGCAGUGGCAGCGGAGGAAGCCUCUGAGAUAGCUAAACGAAAGCAACAACUCGAAAGAAGGACCGGCGAACUCGCCACAACCGUCGAAGAAAAGACAGAAACAGAUGUAGACAACCAAGACACCCUGCGAACCUCAAUCCUACGCCGACUGUCCAAUCCCAGUGUCACUGCGCAGAAUCUAAUCACCUGGCAAGCGAAGAGAAACCGUCGAAGAUCAAGCGAAGGUCAAGCAGAAACGAUCAAGUCACCCCUAAAGGAACUGAUCACCCCGAGUUUGCUGUCUGCAGUGGAAGCUAGGUCAGACCCCAACUUGCCUAGUGAUUCGGAGACUCCAACAGGUGUCUGGGGGCUGGACAAGGAGGCGGACGCUGCCACGCAGCUGCGCAGGUGGCACGACAGUAAUGUACCAUUGGUGGGCGAGGAACAAGAGGAAAGAUCAAUGCUAAUAGAAACCGAUGAACUCACAUCGCGUAACAGAGCUAUGUCUCCAACAGCCCAAGCAAUCGGUCGAGCAGAUUCUCAGCAGGAGGAACUUGAAGAGGAAGAAAGCAUCGAGAGCUUGGAAGAAUCCGAGUCUGAGGACAUCAGCAGCGCGGACAGCGAGGACCUGAAACUGCUAAAGGCCAGAAUCCUAGCCAGGCAAGUGCUAGAAGAAGAGGACACCUAUCAUCCUAGAGGAAGACCGGUUCCCCAUGUCGAGCCUGACUUGCUUCCACCUCUUAAAAUACCAACUGUAGAUAUCACACCACCCACACCUAAGUCUGUUCCAGCUUCACCGACGGGAGUCAUUCCGAAAUCGAUAUUGAAGAAGCGUAAAGAGGAACCUAUCCCAGUGAACAGCUUUGGCAGACCAAUUCCUCCAGAGAAACCUGUUAGGAAAAUCUUACCCGUUCAAUCUGUGGAGCCAAUGAUCUCUACAGAAGGAGAUACUACUGACAGAGAAGAAAUUAGAACGCCUGAACCACCUAAGACACCAAUUUUAUCGGAAUCUGAUACGGAUAGCGUAUUGUCAGCUGGCGAAGCAGCGAAAACUCGGAGGAUCCAGGCGAAGAUGCGGACUACGACGUCCGAGGAAGAAGUUGACGAGGAAGAUCACGAGGCAAGGAUGGCAGUAGUGAAUCAUUACACUGAGAUCGUCAGAGAACAUUCGAGUCGAUACAAUUAUCGUAGUUCUGAGGAAAGAAAGUUCGACAGCAGAGCUAGCUCUAGAAGAUCCUCAUUCUCAGAAGAUCAAGAGGUGAAGACCCAAUUAAAUAGAGAACGGCCGGAAACAUCAACGCCUGGACAAGUGAUCAAGAGGCAAGACUCUAAAGAAGGGGCAGAAAAAGUGGAACAGAAGCCGCGAGGAAUAAUGAAGAAAGGCACCAAGAUCGAUAAACCAGAGGUACAAGAAGAUCAGAAACCGAAAAGAACCGUUGGUUCACGCGGAACGACGCCUGCUAGGGAGAUUAAAGCUAUCAAAGACAGUCAACCACGUCGACCUCGGUCCAGAAACGAGUCUCCAGCACCCAGAUCGAGAAACGUGUCGAAAGAUAGAGGUGAAACUUCCUCGAGAUCAUCUUCGAAGACCAGAGUCCGUGCUCCUUCGCAAGAGAGGAAAUCAAUUUCGAGGACGGGGUCUGAGGAACAACGAUAUAACAGAGAAAAGUCAGUUGACAUUGAGUCUAGACAAUCGAGGAGACCUUCUCACUCAAGGUCUAGCUCUAGGGACAGAAUCAGGCCAGAAACGCCGGUGAAGAUAAAGGUGGAACGUUUGCAAAAAGCAUUAGAGAGCAAAAAGUAUCGUUCUUCUAAACGAGGUUCCAGAGCUGAAUAUUCGGAACAGGGUCGACAGAACGACGAACAACUAGCGCUGGAGGCUACUAAGAAUGUUAGAUUCACAGUUGAUUACGUCACGGACCUAACAUUGCUAAUGGCAGCUGUUUACGUGUAUUUGUUUAAGAAAGAAACCAUGGCGAUUCCCUUUAUAGCGCUUCUUUUAUAUAGGAGAAUUCAGCAUGAGAUAAAAGGGCGGGUGUCUGAUUACACGACGAAAGCCAAGGGACCACCGCAAUGGCUGGAGCCAGACCAGGUCCUUACGGUUCAUGGGCGCGCAGGGGACGAUACAGUCAUCGAACCGAAACUACGAUGGUCCGACGUUUUCGACGAGCUACGAUUCGAACUGAAACGCGGGGAUAUACCGAUACCAUCCGAUCGGUACCGAAUUCAAAUGAGAGGCAAUGUCGUUCAAUUAACCUUGAAACAAACCCAGAAAGAAGACACCGGCCACUAUGCUUUGGUGGCGACGAGGGUCGGGCAAGGGUUGGACAAAGGGUCCCCGAAGAAGAUUCAACUCAAUAUCGACGAAUCGUACACCGAGGAGGGUGACCCACCAAUUUUCUUGCGCAGGUUAACCGAUCUGGCAGUCAAGGUCGGCACCAGAACUCGGUUCCUCGUGGAAAUUCGAAGUUCAACGACACCAAAGAUUACUUGGCAUCGAAAUGCUGAACCGGUACACGCGGGAUCGAGGUUCUCUUUCGUCCACGAAGGGAACUUCUACUGCGUGGACGUGGCGCCAGUCACGGUCGAGGACGAAGGAUAUUGGUCUUGUAUGGCGGAGAACCGGGACGGAAGGUCCUCGUGCACUUCCCGUCUGACUGUAAUUGUGCCGAAAGCUUACAAGCGACCAGAAUUCAUCGAGGAACUUCGUGCUCUCCUGACAGAAGCUGGUACAGUGUCCUUAGAAUGUAAAGUGGUCGGCGUACCAACACCCGUGUUAAGGUGGUUCAAGGACGACAAAGAAAUUAAGGCCGGUGAUGUCUUCGCUUUAACUGCCAACCCUGAUGACUCAACCUCCCUUGGCAUUUACACGUGUGAAGCGGUCAAUUGUAUGGGAAUCGCUUAUUCCUCCUCGAAAGUGCACGUAGUUGGUAAAGGUAGUAGAGAAGGUUCUUUAAAACCAGCGGACUCCUUAACCCUGACUAGUCCACUUCCUGUCUUCAAACAAAUCCUAAAGGACGAAUGUUGUCGAAUUGGGGAAACACUCCGUCUUGCUUGUCAAGUCGAAGUACCACCAUGGCCAAAAGCAAUCACUUGGUACAACAAGGAAGGUCGCGUAGAACCCAGCGACAAAUAUCAUGUAAUGGAAGAUGGCCUCGGUGGAUAUUGUGUAGAAGUAUAUCCGGUGGAAGCAAUGGAUGAAGGCGAAUGGAAAUGUGUCGCAACCAAUGCAGAAGACAUGAAACAAUUCACUACUUGCUAUGUUGCAAUGUCCAUUCCAAAGAAUUAUAGGAAACCUCGCUUCAUGGAGAGUUUAAAAGCUGUCUUGACAGAAGAAGGAUUGGUAUCCUUUGAGUGCAAGGUUGUCGGGUUUCCGACGCCAUUGCUCAGAUGGUUCAAAGAUGGCCAGGAAUUAAAACCGGGUGACGUUUAUCAGUUGACUGGAACCAACUCUUUAGGUUCUUACUGCUGCAUAGCCAGAAAUUGCAUGGGAGAAGCAACGAGCACAGCCGAAUUAACGAUCGAAGAUAUUCAGAACCAACUGAACGAAGAAGAACGUCUGCAGCUUCUGAGCACCAACCAACCGCCCUCGUUUAUCAAGGGUCUCAGGAGCUGCGAAGCAAGAAUCAACGAAGAUUUCCGAUUUACUGUCCAAGUCAGCAUUGCGCCCGAGCCAAGCCUUUCUUGGUACAGGGACGACGUUCCGGUGGAUGAGAACGAAAAAUACCACGUUGCCAAGGAGAAUCUUGGCACGUGUCACCUCGAUGUAGGAAGACUCGAAUUUGUCGAUCAAGCAGAGUGGAAGUGCGUGGCUUCCAAUGAUUUUGGUUGUAGCGUUACAUCCUGUUUCCUCAAACUAAUCAUUCCCAAGCACUUCAAGAAGCCGAAGUUUCUUGAAAGUUUGCGCGCCAUAUUGUCGGAAGAGGGUGCAGUGAAUCUGGAGUGUAAAGUGAUCGGUGUACCGCAACCAAUUCUGAAAUGGUACAAAGAUGGCGUCGAAUUGAAACCAGGAGACAUACACAGAAUCAUUUCGGGACAAGAUGGAACGUGCUGUUUAGGAACGUACACCUGCGAGGCUACGAAUUGUAUGGGAUCGGUCAGCAGUUCUGCAUCUCUUCUAGGUUUCGAAGACAAAUUGCCAGUUCGAAAGGAAGUGAAAGAAGUACAAUCGACGAAUGGUCACGAGCUGGCCAGAAACUUGUCGCUCUCGACGAUACACGAAGAGAGAACUUCUCAGCUGUACGAUACACCGCAAACCGAUCAUUCCGUGACGUUAGACGAUCGAGGAGAGGUGUCCUUUAGUUUCGAUGGAAAAGAAGUCUCCGUCAGCCUCUACGAGACACCCGAUCUCACUGAAGAAGAAGCUCUUCAGAUUGUCGAGAUGUAUGCUGAUCAGCUGUCCGAACACGUAACAGAGCACAACGUCAUCGAACUGCCACCAAUGAGGUUCGUCAAAGAGUCCUCCACCUCCGGAAACUUGUUAAUGGAAGCAGUAGUCAUCGACGUGUCACCAGACUACUUCGUCAGCGCGGAAGACGGCGACGAUCUCCGCACUGAAGCUGACUUCGAAGAUGUCUCAAUCCUAGACGACAUCACCAGAGUCCUAUCAUCCCCCGAAAGAGACUCCCGCAGCUCCUUAAAGAGAUCAGCGAGAUACAGUUUAGAUGACGACGAGAAACCUCCAUCGAGACCUCCUCGAAAAAAGUCCAGCUCCUCUUCAAAAAGCGAUAAGAGCGAGAAAAGUCAGCGGAUGGAGUCAGAAAGCUUCCACAGCGCCCAAAGAGAAGAAAGAUUCUCCCCAGUGUCCCCAAUUUCACCAGUAUCCUCCCUAAGACAGGACGACAGCGACACUUUCGCGGAUGCUUUGUCAUCCGCCCGCCUCUCCAUCUCGGAGACCCAAGCACAGAAGAUGUACGACUACGCGGAAGGCCGCAAACGCAGUCUAAGUGGCGAGAAGACAGCUGGCUCUAGCAUAGACGACGGCAUAGGCGGUGAUUCGUCGUUCGACUCAGUGACUGGAGCGGCUAAGAAGAAGCGGCACAGAAAGAAGAAGCACAAACGUGACAAAGGUAGCUCGGAAGAGUCUUCUUUAGGCAGCGAGAUCGAAGGCAAGCGGCGCAGAAGUAGAUCAGGCAGCGUUAAAGAGGAACUUCAUCAACGAGUGGAGUCUAUCCUUAAAACAGAGGAACCGUACAUAGAGGAUGUAGCAGAGAAGUCGUCUGAAAAGAAGCAGUCCACCAGUGAAUCUGAUAAGUCCAUGUCGAAGAGCAACAAGGAAAGAUUGCUGGACAGCUUAAAAAAGCUGAAGGACCCUGUUCUAACUGUCCGAGACAUUUUAGUGGACAUAGAUAACUUGGACUCUCAGUUGAACGUAGCUAACGAAGAAGCUUGCAGGAACUUUGUGACUGAGAAUAUCAUCAAACCAAUUCAGAAUCUUUGUGAAGAAGUGUCUUCGAUAGAAUCGAAGGCCUUGAAGAGUGCUGGAGAUAGGUCGCUAGCUCAGACAACUAGGAUAUCUUUGCUGGAAUCAAUUGGUGGGCCAACAGAAGAACUUUUAAGGGGUAUGGAGUUAAUUGAACGCCAGGAGAACGUGAAGAGCAGGAAAGCGGAUGUUAUAGGUAUCUUGGAGAGUCUCACUGAUCCUGUCGACGAGAUCUUGAUGGGUAUAACUAAGAUUGAAUACGAGACGACUGGCAGGGCUACUGGAGAGAGACCUAUAGCUCUCAUCAGGAUGAUGUCCGCAGUGUCCAAGCUUGACGAAACGGUUAAAAAUAUUUCUAAGAUGGACAAGACUGAAUCCAGAUUAGUUUUCAGCGUGGAAGAGAUCCUGAACACCUUGCAUUUCUUCGUAAGUGACGUUGCUGUAGAUCCAGCUAAAGGAACGAUAGAAACUGUGGACACUGUGGUAGUGGAGUCCUUGUCGAAGUCUGUUGAUGAUAUUACUAAAGCCUUGAAUCGCCUACCGAUGGUUGAAGGGAUACCCAAAUUCACGGACGAAUUAAUAUUACCCAUCCGGGAAUUGAAAGUGAAAUUGGAUACCUUGAAGAACGUGUUGAAGACUUACGAAUCGAAAGGAAUAUUAUCGGAGCAUCGAACGAAAUUGAUAGAGUCUCUGCAAGAUUCAGUGGAUCAAACUGUGGAAGAGAUUCAGAAAGUAAAGGAGAAGAGACCUGAGGAGAAAUUACAAAUUGAAGAUUCGAGACAGGAUAUUUUGAAAGAAGCAAGGUUGACACUUCAAGAAGCCUUAAAAUCUUACGAGAACAUCGCAGGAACAUUGGACCCAAGGCUGUCUACUAUCUUCGAUCGAAUCGAUGAGAUGUAUCGUAGACUUAGGGUUCCUCAGAAGAAAGAAAUUGGUUUAGAGUCCUUAAUUAGUUUAGAAGGUCCCCUGUAUUCCCUACAAUGCGCUCUGUCCUCAGUGGCCAUAGCAGAGAAUUCAGAAAUAGUUUUCAAGCUCCUGGAACCUGCAAUUUCGCAGCUGAGAACCACUGUGUCUAACCUAGGUGAGAAUUCCUUGCAACCAAUAAUGGAAACCUUGAAUAACAUAGACAGAAUGAUCCAAGUGACUGAGCCAGAAGAAACAGUCUCUUCUAGGUCGGUCCAAGAGGAAACCCUGACAGACCGAAUCCUCGAUCCUCUAAUUGACGUUCAAUCAGCUUUAAGCGCAGCACUGCAAAACGUCGAAGAUGUUGAUACUGUGACAAACGGAGCUGCUAGUACUCAGAAACUGUUAGCUUCAUCAGAGAUCACUGCCUGUUUGGUAGAACUGAGACAGUACGUGUCGGAUGCUACUCGAACAGCGAUGACUCUUAGAGAAGAUGAAAUGAUGAUGAGUCUGGUGGAUUUAAAAGAACCUUUAUUAGACCUUCAAUUGGCUUUAGCGUCUGAAGAAAGAACUACUCAAGAGCUACCAAUGAUUCGCAGGAUACCUUUGCCUGUUGAAAAGCUGAAGAAGGCUGUAUUGAAAGUCUUGCGUCAUUCUCCCUCUGAAAAAAGAGCAAAAUCAAUGAACGUUGUCUUAAAAACGAUAGAACAGAUAGAAACUCAAUUACCAAAGACUAUAUCUAAAUUAUCAGAAAUUGAGGAUUCUCAGAAACACUUCCUAGAAGAUUUGAACGUGGAUCAGAACCUCAGUGACGUUCACUUUGCUUUAUCUUCAGCAUUGGAAAGACAAGAGAAAAGUUUUCCUUCGCAUACGUCGAAUUUGGCUGCUUGUAUUGAAGAAUUGAGACAGUCUAUAGGUUCAACAGCAGUGGAGAUAGCUAAUUUGAGGAAUCCAGUGGACGAUGACAUCAUUAUACAAGUAUCUAUGCUGAAAGAUGCUUUGUUAACCCUGCAGAGAGUUCUGCUGACCCAGCAACACGCCCCUGAAGAGGAGCAGAUUUUGAAAGAUCUUAUGAAUCCCAUUGGAAAAUUAAAGAAUCUUGUCAGAGGAAUCACAAACACUGAUGCUAAAACUGAACCUGUUGUUCCAGUACUCGAGUUGCUAGAAGAAAUUGAAAAGGACACUCCCCUGAUCACAAAAGAAACUUCCAAGAAGAAACUACAAAGGGAGAUGAAAGAAGAAAAAGAAGAGGUAAAGUGGCAGGCUGUAACAUAUCGUUUAGCAGGACGGAUCAGUCGAUCAUUGGAUCCUAUGAAACACUGGUUAUCAACCACAUCAGAAGACAGCAUGAAAGAUGAGGAAGAAUCAGCAUUGAGCUCAACAAUCGACGAGCUGAAAAGGGAUGUGAACAAGAUUGCUAUAGAGACUUCCUACUCCGAGCCUCCUAGCGACGAUAAUCUCAUUGAGGCCUUGGUGGAUCUACGAGAACCUUUGAUUAGGCUCAAGAACGCGAUUUCAAUCUACCAUGAGCCAGUAGACUUAACUACUUUAGAAGGUUUGAGCAGACCCAUGAAAUACCUCCUUCAAACCAUCAUGGACGUUCUCAAGGACCAUGCUCAAGAAGAAUCUCUGCAACCGAUAGUAGACAUUGUAGAAGAGAUUGAAAAUCAGAUACCGAUCUCCAUCAAAGAAGCAUUAUACAAGAAAGAGCUGAGUGAAGUAGUUAAGUCGCUGGUGCAGGAAGAAAAAGAAUUGAUCACCUCAAAGGAAACGAUUCAAGAAGAAUCUUUGCCACAGGAUGUAAAGGAAGAAGUGACAUCUCAGGCCACAAUUCCUGAAGGAACUCUGGAAACUACGUCUGUUCUACCUGAAAGCAAAUUCUCCGAGUCCCUGGUGGAACAAACUACCGUAGAAGACAUGAGUUCACACAGAUCUGAGGAGAUUGUUACUAGAAUUGAAGAAUUGCCGAGGAAAGAGGACUUGAAGAGCGAAAAGAUGAAGAAGAAAGAGGUAGUCGACCUAGCAAUCUCUUUGUCAAAGACACUGGAGAACGUUCAGUUCGAUGUCACUGGAAUUUUAGAAGACUUCGAUGACCCAACUGCUGGCAGUGCAACUUUGCCAACUUCUGCGUUAGCUAACUCAUUAGAGGAAUUCGUCAAAGCUGUUUCUACGAUGCGUGUGGUGAUUGGUAGCUACGAAGAGGCGAUUGAAUCUUCCGAUCAAGUAGCUAAUCAGACAGUCUCCAUGCUUCAGAAUCUUCUGCAGCCUUUGAACAACAUUGAGGACGUUCUUCUAGAAACUCAUCAGUACGGUGUGCAAGAGCUUUUCAUUUUGAACCACCUGGCACAGCCCCUGGAAGAAAUCGAAAGUAAAAUGGUGAACCAAACUAUAGAGAAGCUGGACAGAGCUUCGGAUGUGGUACAGAGAUGCGAGCCUGUUCUUCAUGCUAUACAUAAUAUUAAGGACAAAAUACCAAUUGCAGUGCGAGACAUACAAUCCAGGCAGCAGCUACUAGGUUCACUGAGAGAAAUCGCAAAGCCCCUCGAAAACAUUCAGGAACGAAUGAAGGUCCUCGAGACACAAGCUGAAGACACUUUAGAAACUGACGUAGCUAGGAUCCUUUUAAAUCCUGUACAAGUUUUAUUAAACACUAUCAACGCCACCUCCCAAGAUGUCCAGUUACUAGAUCAACGCAGAGAAAUCGUCAUGGAGCUCAGAAACUUAGUGGAACCCUUAGUGGAAUUCUUGAGCUGUUUAUCAGUGGUUCAAAGCAGUCGCAAGAGUUUGGUGCCAGAAGCAGCUUUACUGGAUGAAAGGAGGAAUGUAAUCCUCAAAGCAGUCGAAGGACUUCAAAGGCAGACUAUCAGCACUCUGGAAGGAAUACCUAAUUUAGAAGGAGCAUCGCUGUACGAGAAACCACUGGACACGUUGAAAAAUGCAAUAGUCUCUGUUCAGAAACAAAUAGGCAAGACAGAUUACUCUAGAAGACCUAGCAACGUAGAAUUCACUUUGCAGUAUAACAUUUCGACUUCACUGGACCAUUUAAGAAGCACUAUCGUGUCUUUAGAGGAGGAUGCAGAUGUGGGAUUGAAGGAGAUCGUUUCGAAGUCCCUGAAAGCCUUGCAGAAGCAAAUAUCUCUAUCAAGGACAUAUUUCAUUGAAGCUAGCAGUGAUCAAUCCGUCGAUGAAGAAGCAGUCGUUGAAGGUUUCUUGUACCCUGUCAAUCAGCUUCAGUCAGCUUUGAACGUACUCAGAGAAAAGCUUGAAGGUGGAGCGAUGAUAUCGAUUUCGAGUGAAUCGAUGAGACGUUUGAAGAGUUUAGCUAAAUCUACGUCUGACUUAGCUUCCUCGUUGUCCGCACACCGGAUACAUCUGAUCAGGGAAGGCGCAUCUGAAGGAUCCUCAUUCGUUGAGACAUUGUCCGCUCUUGCAGAUGUUUUGGAAGGUGUAAAUGUUUGCAUUAGAAAAGUUGAAGAAGUAGCUAUCGUAGAAGAAAAAGCAGCCGAGGAUCGAGGCGCUUCAGCGGACAUGCCAAUUACUAUAACGCAGAUAGAGACGAUCGUGGAUGAAAUUAUUGAAGUUUCUAAGGAAGAAUUUGAAAGUGUGCUGACAAUUGAAGAUGUGCCACGUAGGGAAGAGAUGAGAAUCAAUGAGGCGAGACUUGUGGAACAGGUUCAAAGGGAAAGUGUGUCGAUGGAAGAUGACUUAGCUAGGAAACUCGAAACUGAAGCUUUAGAGUCAGAAGCGAUGAAGAAGGAGAGAAUGAAAGUAGAAGAAAAAGUUAUGGAGUCUGGAAACUUAAACAUCGAAGAAUUAAAAAGUGAACUAAACAAAGAAGAGGUGAAAGAUGAUCAAAAGGUGAAAGCAAUAAAGACGAAAGAAGAAUUGCUGAAGAAACAGAAAAAAGAAAUAAAACUGUCGUCUGAGAAAUCAGAAGAAGAGUUACUAAGAGAAGAAGAGGAAACAAGGAAAGAAACUAACAAGGCGAAGGUGCAAAGAAUGGUAAAAUUGAUUCUGUCAAUGGAACAACCGUUCAAAGAAUUAACAACUCUUAUGCGUCUAGCCCUGGAAGAGCCAGUUUCCUCCAAGUCAGAAGAAGAAAAACGAAAGAUUCGAGAACUGACUGCCCUCGUCCAAAUUUUGAACGAUUUGAAAGCUACAACUAUCUCUAUCGAACAGAAUACGUAUUCUUCUUUAAUUCCAGAGUUAGAGGAACAGUUUCUUUGUACGCUAGACAUUUUAAUGGGUGUUAGGCGAGCUGCAGAAAAAGUUCUUUGCUUGACUCAGAAAGAACUGACACCAGCGUUAAAAGAAAAUGUGAUGGUGUCUUUGCAGUUCUUACUAGAACCUCUGGAAACUUUACAGCAGAAUUUGUCUAGCUUCGAAGAAUCAUCUCUUCAUCUACAAAUGAGAGAAGUAAGUGGAGCAAUUUUCGAAUUGGUGAAUGUCAUUCGUAGAACUACGGAACUGAAGCACGAAAAAGUCCUGGAAGAAAUUAGAGUGACAAGAUCACAGGAAGAAAGACAAGGAAUCGAAGAUGCAACUGCAAAGCCUUUGCAAGAGCUGAUAGAAGCUAUAAUGGUGUCUCAAGAACAAAUAAAACGCGAUGACAUGUCUCCAUUUGGUUCUAUAUCGCCUUCAAUUGCACCGACUGAUCUAUCCGAGCAACAGAAACUAGUUAGUGACAGCGAAAGCAGAUUGGACACAGACCUAGUCGAGAAAAUAGUCAGUCCUAUUAAGAACUUGAGAGAAUUGGUCGCUAAAAUCGAGAAAGAAGAAAUGGAAGAAACCGAAGAAUUGGAUCUAGCGACGAAAAGGACAGCUACUUAUAUAUUGAACACCAUCAUUCAGCCAUUGGAAGAACUGAAACAAUCUUUGAGUGUCUCUGCGGAGCAACAAACAGUGGAAACUGAAGAAACUGUACAGGAAAUUAGGGCAGUUUCACCAGUGCAAUCGUUGACAGUUGGAAGUGUUUUAGAGGAUCUCCAGAGGUCCAUUGCUAAUAUACAGGAAGAAAUAAUUCUGGAACAAAUGGAAAAGGUUUCCAAAGUGGAACGAGAAGUUAGUGUAAACGAAGUAGAAAAGUCUCUUGAAGAUCUGAAAUUUUCUUUGGGAGCUGUACAAAAGUUGGCAACAAUUGAGAGUGAACACUCAGAACAAUUAUUUGAAAUGGAUAGAACAACUGUCGUGGAAACGUUUGUUAAAUCAGUGAAGGAGCUCGGUCAAAAAUGCUUGGCAAUUGCCAGUUUGCCUGAAACAAGAGUUAUGUCAACGCAAAAAGAACAAAAACAAGAAUUACGAAAAGUGAUUGAUAUAUUGAAGGAAACUACAUCUGAAAUUGAAAUGCACACAGCGCAAGAAAUUACAGCUUCAGAUCAAACUGGCAUGGAUGUAGUGGAAGCAUUGCAACCUUUAGUGCAUCCUCUAGAAGAAUUGGAACAGGUGUUAAGUACAGCAGUGCAGCAGGUGACCACAUCGUCACCGGAAUUCGUUGACGAAAUUGGAGAAGAAUUAUCUUUGGAAACAGUGAAACUGAUUCCAAUUAUGGAAGAACUGCAAAAAUCCAUCGCUGUAAUUGAACAACAGUCUGUGCAGGCUAAAAAAGCUGAAGUGUCAGAGCUAAAAGGUAAAAGCUCUGUUGCUCAAAUUAUAGAAGCUCCAUUAGAAGAAUUAAAAUGUUCAGUAGAGGCUAUUCAAAAGUUAGAAUUGGAAGAAGCUAAGCAACUGACAACUGAAGAGAAAACAGAGGCUUUGAAGGCGGUAGCCAAAUGCGUGGAAGAAAUAGGGAAAGUGUGUUCAGUUGUGACUAGCCAACAGAAAGCCCAAGUGAACUUUGUUGAACAGCCUCAAGCAGCGGAAAUGCAGCAAGUCCUUGAAACUAUCACCAGUCCAAUUCAAGUACUAAAGGAAACGAUGUCAGAAAUCGAAAUGCAAACGACUGAAGAAGCUAAAGCUUUAGACCAAGCUAGCAAAGAAAUAGUGGAAGCCUUAAAACCACUAGUACACCCAUUAGAAGACUUUGAGCAAGCAUUAAGCACAGUUGUUCAACAGGUUGCCACAGUAACACCUGAGUCUGCUACUGAAAUCAAGGAAGCUGCCUCAUUGGAAAAGAUGAAACUGACUCCAGUUUUGGAAGAACUACAAAAAUCCAUUGCACUAAUUGAGAAGCAAGUUUUAGUGCAGGUUAAGAAAGCCGAAGUGUCAGUUGUCGAAGAUGAAAGUUCACUUGCUCAAAUUAUAGAAGCUCCAGUAGAAAAAUUAAAAUCCUGUAUGGAAGUUAUUCAAAAAAUGGAAUUGAGAGAAGCAAAAGAACUAACAGCUGAAGAGAAGACGGAGGCCUUGAAAGCAGUAGCCAAAUGUGUGGAAGAAAUAGGAAAAGUAUGUUCAGCAGUGACCACUCAACAGAAAGUCGAAGUUAGUGCUGUUCAGCAGCCACAGGCAGCUGACCUGCAGGGAGUUAUUGACAUCAUUGCCAAUCCACUUCAAGUAUUAAAGGAGACAGUGUUAGAAAUUGAAAUGCAAACCAGUGAAGAAGCCAAAGCCUUAGAUCAAGCUACCAAGCACGUAGUGGAAGCGUUAAAACCAUUGGUACAUCCAUUAGAAGACCUGGAACAAGUAUUGAGUACCGCAGUUCAGCAAAUUAUCGCAGAAUCUACUGUUGAAGCACAGAAAGCUGAUUCAUCAGCCGAAAAAAUGCAACUGACACCAAUUUUGGAAGAACUACAAAAGUCCAUUGCUGUAAUUGAAGAACAAGUUUCUGUACAAGCUCAAAAGGCUGACGUAUCAACUGUGAAAGCUGAGAGUUCUGUUGCUCAGAUUAUAGAAGCCCCAUUAAAGGAGUUGAAGAACUCUGUGGAAGCUAUUCAGAAAUUGGAACUGGAAGAAACUGUACAACUGACUACUGAAGAGAAGACAGAAGCAUUGAAGACAGUUGCCAAAUGUGUGGAAGAAAUAGGAAAAGUGUGUUCAGCAGUAACUACUCAACAGAAAGUUGAAGUCAGCAUUGUUCAACAAUCUCAAGCAGCUGAAUUGCAGCAAGUCAUUGACACGAUCGCCAGUCCAAUUCAAAUACUAAAGGAAACAGUAUCAGAAAUUGAAAUGCAAACCACUGAAGAAGCUAAAGCUUUAGAUCAGGCUAGUAAGAACGCAGUGGAAGCUCUGAAACCAUUAAUACACCCAUUAGAAGACUUAGAACAAGUAUUGAGCACUGCAGUUCAGCAAGUUAUCACGGAAUCUACUGAUGAAGCUCAGAAGGCUGAUUCAUUAGUCGAAAAGGUGAAACUGACACCAACAUUGGAAAAAUUACAAAAGUCCAUUGCUGUAAUUGAAGAACAAGUUUCUGUACAAGCUCAAAAGGCUGACGUAUCAACUGUGAAAGCUGAGAGUUCUGUUGUUCAGAUUAUAGAAGCCCCAUUAAAGGAGUUGAAGAACUCUGUGGAAGCUAUUCAGAAAUUGGAACUGGAGGAAACUGUGCAACUGACUACUGAAGAGAAGACAGAAGCAUUGAAGACAAUUGCCAAAUGUGUGGGAGAAAUAGGUAAAGCGUGUUCCGUCGUUGCCAGUCAGCAGAAAGUCGAAGUUAGUCUUGUCCAGCAACCACAAGUGGCUGAAUUUCAGGAAGUCAUUGAGGCUAUCACCAGUCCAAUUCAAAUACUAAAGGAGACUAUGUCAGAAAUUGCGAUGCAGACGACUGAAGAAGCCAAAGUCUUAGAUCAAGCUGGCAAAGACGUAGUGGAGGCUUUGCAACCUCUGGUACAUCCUCUGGAAGAAUUAGAACAAGUAUUAAGCACAGCAGUCCAGCAAGUGAUCACAGUGUCUUCUCAAUCAGCUGACCAAGUAAAAGAAGAUGCAUUAGGAGAAAUGAAACUAUCUCCAGUUUUAGAAGAAUUACAGGAAUCCAUUGCAGUCAUCGAACAACAAGUUGCAGUGCAAACUAAGAAAGCUGAAGUAUCAGACGUGAAAAGUGAAAGUUCUGUUGCUCAAAUUAUAGAAAUUCCAUUGGAAGAAUUAAAAUCCACUGUGGUAGCAAUGCAGAAGUUAGAGUUGGAAGAAACGAGAGAACUGACAACUGAAGAAAAGACAAAGGCUUUGAAGGCGGUAGCUAAAUGCGUCGAAGAAAUAGGAAAAGUAUGUUCAGCUGCAGCUACUCAACAGAAAAUUGAGGUUAGCCUCAUGCAACAACCACAGGUAGCUGAAAUGCAACAAGCUCUUGAGAUAAUUUCGUCUCCUCUUCAAAUGUUACAUGAGACAGUAUCUAAAGUUGAACAGAAGAUGCAAGAAGCUGAAGGUUUGCAGGUUUCUGAAACUGAAAAAGUAGUUGCUGUGUUGAACACAUUGGUUCAACCUCUAGAAGAAUUAGAAAAAUCCUUAUCCGUGGCUGUUGAGAAAACAAGUACCCUCGAAGAAGAAUCAACGAGGGAAUUAAAAGAUUCCUCAUUAAAACUGAAUAUUGAACCAAUUUUACAAGAACUUGAAAGAUCCGUUGCAGAAAUCGAAGAUCACGUCUACCUAGAAUCAACAACAAUGGUAGGAAAAGGUGCAUCAGAAGGUUCCAUAGUAAAAGAAUUGAAAGAACCAUUGGAACAGUUGAAGUUAUCCUUAGCUGCUGUCCAAGAUACUAUGUCUAUCGAAGUUGCUCAAACAGCUGAUAUGCCGGAUAAAAUCUCGACUUUGACAGCUUUCGCGAAGUCAGUGGAAGAAAUUGGUGAAAAAUGUUUAGCAGUGAUUUCACAGCAGCAAGUUGGCGUACAGUUGGUCCCAAAGAAAUUAGAAAAAUCGCAGGUGGAGAUCCUAGAGAUGGCGAUCAAUCCUCUACAAGUAUUAAGAGAAUCGAUUAGCAACAUCGAAGAAGGAAAAUUGGGAGAACUACAUAGUUUAGAUACAUCAGAAACAAGCGAAGUACAGAAAGCGUUAAAACUCCUUGUGGAACCUCUGCAGAAGCUAGAAAUCUCUUUGUCUUCGACUGUCCAACAGGCUGUGUCAACGGAAUUUGAGAAAGCUGAAGAAAUCACAGGCCAAGUUCAAAUACUGGAAAUUUCUCCUGCGAUAGACGAGCUUCAAAAAUGCGUUGCAGAGGUUCAAGAACAAGUAAAACUGCAAAGUACAGCUGCAGAAUCCUCUGUGCAAGCGUCUUUCUUCGUGGAAGCUGCCAAAAAGUCUUUGGACGAGUUAAACGCCUCCCUGACUAUUAUUCAAAGGGCUAGCACCGUUCAACCUACAGGAGAGGAGAAAGUGUCAAAGAUGGAGAAAAAAGCAGCUGUACAAGAUUUCGCUAAAUCAGUCCAAGAAUUCGAAGAAAUGUGUCUGAUAAUUCCUCAGCAACAAAUGUAUACGAGAAAAUUAAGGAAAGUGGACACUAGGGUCUUACAGACAAUUAUCACGCCUAUUCAAACUUUGCGCGAAACUAUAGUGAAAGUACGCAAAGAGAAUGUAGAACAAGUAGGUGUUAUAAAAGUUGAAAAUGCGAAUAUCGAAACAUUGACUCCAUUGAUGAAUCCUCUUGAGAAGUUAGAGAAAUGUUUGGCAACCACAGUGCAGCAAGCAACAGGUCAGAAGGCUGAAAUCACUGAAUUACCAAAGGAAGAUCCUCAAAAAGCGAUUGCCCUUGAACCAAUUCUUGAAGAACUGAAAAAAAGCAUUACCGUGGUCGAAGAACAAUUAACAGACACCUCGAAAGUAUCUUCGAGGCUGAAAUUCGCCGAAAAUAUCAAAGACGCGAUUUCAAAGUUGAAAUCAACCGCGGCAGCUGUCCAGAAAGUAGUAAAAUCUCCGCUAGAAAUUAAUGAAGAAAUGAAGUCAGAUCAGGCGUCUCUUUUAAGAGACUUCUCCCAAUCAUUAAAACAGUUACAAGAAAGCUACUCGGUUGCUAUGAAACAACAGGAAAUAGAAAAACAACCAGAGAAAGUUAAAAAACGUAAAACAAGAACGGUGAAAUCGGAGGUUCUUCAGAAGAUCAGUGACACUGUUCAAGUAUUCCGUGAAUCCCUUUCGCAGAUAGAAGAAAACAAAAUAGAAGAAUUGAAAGAACUAGAAGUGAUAAAAGAUGAGAAAGCUGAAUUAAAACUGCAAGUACUUAUCGAGCCACUAAAUGCUUUGGAACAAGUUCUGCGAACAUCUGUUCAAGAAGGCGCGAUGAUUUCUUCAGAAGCUUCCGAAGAGCUCAGGCAAGAUGAAGUUCCUUUGGAAAGAUUGAAUUUACAGCCGGUACUUGAAGAACUUAAAAAAUCAAUUGUCGUUAUUCAACGACAAUCUAACGAAAUCGCAGCAUCAGCCAACAUUGAAAUGCUAGAUCUCGCGAAAACAGCUGAGAAACCUUUAUCCGAGCUAAAAAUGUCCAUUGCAGCGAUCGAAGAAAUCACGAAAACUCUAGACGAAGCUGAAGAAAUUAAAACGGACGAACAACCACCUUUCGAAGCCUUCGCAAAGUCGGUAGAAGAAUCAGGAAAGCAAUUGGUAACGGUAGCCAAGCAAGAAGUCAAGAAAAUGGCGGACACCCUAAGAGAGAAGAAGACAACUCGCGAUUUCGUUAAAACUGUCAUCGCGCCAAUUAAUGAAUUGCAGAAUACAAUCUUGAACAUCGACAAAGAGAGGAAAGAAUCAUCAAAAUCCUCUGAGAAAGAAGCAAUACUUCUUUUGAGCAUCGUGCAGCCGCUGCAUCAGCUGGAAGAAUCAUUUUUAUCAGCCGUGCAAGAGAGCCAAGCUGCCAUUCCAGUGUUGCAGAAGCUUCCUAUAAAGACUACCAUACAGGAACUCACUAAACACGUAACGGAGAUUCAAGAACAGUUAGUCCUGGUCAACGGAACUCUAUCUUUAACUGGCAACACAGAAGAUAUAUCACUAAUAAAGAACAUCGAAAGAUCUCUAAGUGAUCUGCGAACGUCUGUAGCUGUGGUGCAACAAUUGACAGCGAUAGAAACGCCUGGCCAGCAGGUUCUAGACGUGGAAAACGUGUCAGCAUUGCAAGCAUUCGGAAAAGCUGUCGAAGAAUUCAAGAAACACUGCUCUGUCAUAGUAUCCAGGCCCAGAGUAGUUGCUGCGAUCACUGGUACACUAGAACAGCCAACUAAAGCUGAAAUUGUCACCAUUCCUGCUAAAAUCUUACAAGAAUCCAUCUCUACCAUAGAAGAAAUCAAAACUCAAGAAGCAGAGACCUUGGAUACAGAGACCAAAAAACCGAUAACCGUGAUGAGCAUUCUAAUGCCCCCUCUUCAACAGUUAGAGCAAUCAUUCGUCGCUGCCAUUCAAGGUGAGCACGUGAUGGAGCACACAGCAGAGACCUUAGAAGACCAAGUGUCCUUCGAAACAACAAACUUAAAACCAAUACUAGAAGAAUUCCAAAAGUCAAUCGCUAUUAUCCAAGAACACAUCACAGCAGAAGCUGUGCACAGUUUGCCCGAAGCUGAGGAUACUGUUCAAUUGCAACUGAUGGCGCAGACGUUAACUGACUUGAAGACCUCAGCAGCAGCCAUUCAACAGAUAUCAGGAGGUGUGCCGGAGUUCACUGAUGAUUUAUCGAGGUCCGAAAGCAUCGCUGCUUUUGAAACGUUUGCCAAAUCUCUCCACGACCUGGUGGAAAGGGUAGCUACCAUUGAUCAGCAGCAGAUGAUCAUCGAGCCAGCGGCUGAUACUAUCUCAGAAGAUGUUUCAUCUUUGAAGACCUGGGGUGAUGUUGUUGAAGAACCGAAGGUUCAGGUUGCUGGAGCAAUGAUCAUUGAUCAGGGUACCAUUGAAUCACCUUCAGAGAUUGCAGUGUCCCUUUCUGAAGACGAAGCCCAGGCGCUGAAGACUCUAGCUAAGCCUCUUAGCGAACUUCGGGAAUGCUUGGCUCUGGUGGUCGAAGAACGCAAAUCAAUGGACGCCAAUGACGUAACCGUUGCUUUGUUUGAAAAGGAAGAUUUGGCUUUACUGAAAACAAUGGUCCAACCACUAUUGGAAUUGAGGACAGCUGCAGCAUUCGUCAUCCACGAGCAAACUGCAAUUGAGUCUGCUAAGGAGAGAUCCUUCAGUGCUGGCGGGAAAGAAGAGACACAUUUGAAUCCAUUGAUAGAACCUCUUGAAGAACUCUGUAAAUCUAUUGCCCUGAUCCAGGAUCAUAUACUAGUUGAGUCAACUGAAGAAAGACCAGCUGAUGAAACCUCUUUGCUGACGUCUUUGGUAGAACCUUUGAUUAUACUACAGAAAAGCAUCACCGUGUUAGAAGAACGUGUAUUGUCGCCAGAUGUAGCCUCAUUGCCAGAGGAAUCUAACUGGAUCAACGAAUGUUUAGCAGUUCCCUUGCAAGAGAUUGAAAGGUCCAUAGCAGAAAUUCAUGAAUGUAACGUGAUAGAGCCUGAGCCCUUGCCAGAGGAACGUUUAUCAAGAAUCAUCUCUCCUGAUUGGUCGAUAGUUGAAAAGCUCAUUCAACCAGUGGAUGUUAUACAAUCAGUUAUCCUUAACAUAAAGGGUAGUGCUGUUGGAAAAGAGGACGAAAUCGAAUACGAGGCAGUACAAACGCUGCUCCAGCCUCUUGCUCAGGUGCAAGAAAGCUUCUUACUGAUUAAGAACAAGACAGCGACCAGCGUAGAAGAAGAGGAAGCUAACAUAGAUGCUAUAGUGGACUCUUUGUCCAGCUUGGAGAAGAGUAUAUCUGUCAUCGAGGAACAGAUACAAACUUCAGUGAAGGUAGAAGAAAUGACUGAAACAGUUGGUAGCCUAGCAGAGUCUUUGGCGUCAUUGAAGCAAAAGAUCAUGACUGUAGAAGAAUCACCAACAGUGUACCUUGAGAACCUGGAACUGCCUUUGAAAAAUUUGCAGCAAACGUUAGAGAGUCUUUCUGUUCUACGAAGUGAAAAAUUGAAGCAAAAGAAGAAAGUGUCAGCUGUCCCGGUGGAAGAGGCUAUAAGACUGUCAACGAAACUUACCAUUUCUAUUAAUGAAAUAAACGUGUCUAUAGAGACUAUCGAUCGCAAAAUUGGGAGCUAUAAGGAUCUACUAGGUGUCGAGAUACAAAUUGAGAAUGAAGCUCUGAAAACGCUACCAGCACCGCUGGAGGAGCUUAAACUAGCGAUUCAACAUGUGAUGGAGUCCAAUGAGGUUGACGAAUCGUGCACUAUUUCUCUUCGAAAGCUUAAGAAGGCUAUCGCAGUGAUUUGUCAGCAAUCGGCUGACAAACCUAUAACUGAGCCGCCGCAUUUGGAAGCAGCGGAUGUUGUCGGAAUGUUGAAAUCAUUAGCGCCGAGUUUAAAUGAAUUAGAAGCAUCAGUUGAGACUGUAGAGACACUGUGGAAGGAGAACUUGAGUGGAGAAGGAUUGGUGAAAUUGGAGACACCGAUUGCGAACCUGAUGAACACAGUGAACGUCUUGUGCGAUAAGCUAAUGAGGAUGGAGGUAGUUUGGAUAGACGAAGAAAAGAAAAAGAAAGAGAAGAAAGAAAAGAUAGAGGAGGAAGAAGAAACGAUACAACAGGAGGCAGCUGAGGAAUUUAAAAUGGAAGAGGAACAUAGAAGAGAAGAAGAAAACGAGAAGCAAACGCAAGAGGAAAAAGAACAUUUGCAAAGGGAAGAAGAGGAACGUAGGAGAAAGGAAGAAGACAGACAACGAGAAGAAGAGGAAGAGGUUAAGAAGAGAGAAACAGCUGAAAGGCAGAUGGAAGAAGAACGUAAGAAGCGAGAAGAAGAAGAAAGAUUGAAACAAGAAGCAGACAAAUUGAAGGCAGAUGAAGAGCGUAAAAAGAUGGAGGCUGCAGAGAAAAUAAAGCAGGAAGAAGAACAACGUAAGCAGGAAGAGGAAGCUAAGCCACUUAAAGAGAAAGAGGAAAAUCUGAAAAAGCAAGAAGCUGAGAAACUUGAACUGCAGGAAGAAAAACUUAAGAAGGAAGAAGCUGAGAGGCUUAAGCUGGAGGAACAGAAACGUAAGCAGGAAGAGGAAGCUAAGAAAUUGAAAGAGGAGGAAGAACGUCUGAAGAAAGAAGAAGCUGAGAAGGUUAAACGUGAGGAAGAAGAACGUAGAAGGAAGGAAGAAAAAGCCAAACAGCGAAAGGAAGAAGAAAAUCGCAGGAAAGCUGAGGAAGCCGAAAGGUUAAGAAAAGAACAAGAACGAGAUACUCAGAGACGCGAAGAGGCCAAACGUCGACGCGAGGAACAAGAAAGACAAAUCAGACAAGAAACAGAAAAGAUAAGAAAAGCUGAAGAGGAGAGAAUCAGAAAGGAAGACGAGACUCGUGAACGCAGGAGGCAGGAAAGAGAACACAGAAAACAUGAAGAAGUUCAGAAAUUAUUGAAAGAGGAGGAAGAAAGAUCGAAAAGGGACGAAGAACGCAGAAGAAAGAGGAAAGAAGCUGAACAACAGUGGAAGGAAGACGAAGACGCUUUAAGAAAGAAACAAGCUGAACGUAUUGAAAGAAGAAAGGCCGAAGAGCGUCAAAAUAGGGAGGAAACGGAACGUUUGAGAAGGGAAGACGAGGAAAGGAGACACAGAAGAGAAGCUGACCGAGAGACAAGAAGAGAAGAAGCUGUGAAGGCGCUGAAAGAAGACCAAGAACGAUUGAGGAAACGACAGGAAGAAGAGACUUCGAGGCUUCUCAAACGAAGACAAGAGCAAUUAAGAGACGAUGGCUGGGCCAGGCUAAGGCAAAGUGAAUCGGAUCAGAUGUUGCGAAAAAUGACAGAGGAUACGAAGUCUUUGAAAUUUUCGAAAGUUUCUUCUGAUGUAGAAUUUUGGAAGGAUCGUCGUGAGAAACAUCAUAAGUACGAUUCAGGGUUUGAAUCUGGACUUUCCAGCACUUCUAGAUCAUACAGUUGGAGGGACUCUUUAACUUGUAUAACUAAAAGGAGAGUGGACGAUUUUCUUGACUACAAACUGAGAGACAGCUCGAUGGACAGAUAUUACUUUGACACGGGUUCGUAUUAUAGAAGAAGGAGGAAGAGGGAUGAUCGAAUUACAAGAGCAAGAUCUAUCAGUUUGCUGAAGUAUGAGGAUUAUUCGACUGAUAGCGAUGCCACCAUUACGCCUUACAGCACGUUUAAGCUACCGCGGUAUAGCAGACCGAAGACUGUAUCUCGAACCGAUCUCGAUGCAUUGACUCUUUCAUUAAAUCUGCCCAGUGUCACUGAUGGGAUGGCCCCACGCGAAAAGGGCAAGAAACCAUCAUUCUGUACAAGAUUAACAAAUAGGACUGUAGGAGUUGGUAUGAGAACGAGACUAACGUGCACCGUGCUCGGGUAUCCGGAGCCCAGGGUUCACUGGACCAAAGACGGCGAGAAACUCGAAAUCACGUCGAGCCGAUAUCGAACUCGGUUUGACAACGGUAUGGCUUACUUCGAACUGCAUGAAGCGCUCCCCGAAGAUUCCGGAGUGUAUACCUGUGUUGCCGAGAACGUUCACGGAAUCGCGACCACCGAAUCCACAUUAAAAAUUUACCCCGAUUUCCAACCAGCACUGUCACCUCCCACCUUUACGAGAUCCAUUAAAGACACUUAUCGUUAUUCGGAUAACGAUUUGAUACUGGAGUGUCGGGUCCGAGGUAAUCCUACGCCACUGAUUUCCUGGCUAAAAGACGGCUGCAUACUCCAAGGCGAUCGGUACAAGCAAAGUUACUUGGACGACGGCAUUUAUCGGUUAGAGAUUGGUGUACCAAACUCAAUGGAUAGCGGGCGUUACACGUGUAGAGCCAUGAACGACCUGCGCACGGAAGAAAUCUCGCAUGUGGUUCAAUUCGAUGAACGAACUCGACGAACGACAGCCAGACACCACGAAAUUUUCGACGAUCACUUCAGCACUGAUGCUUUGAAGAAACCAUAUUUCUCCAGCUACCUGCACGAUUAUAGUGGAAGUACCGGUCAACUUCGAGCAAAGGGCGCAUCCGCACCGGAAGUAAGAUGGUUCCGCGGCGAGAGGAGAGAUCCAAUUUCUAUACCGAAGACGAAAACAUUUGAAUCCGGUAUUCACGGGUUGCACCCACCAGAUUUCGGUGAAUUCGAAAGGAGCUCGCACAUAUCCAGAGGAACAAAUGCGUUUGCACACGUGGACCUGACUGCGAUGGACGUAAUGCCACCGAGUGGAAUCGAAAGCGGGAAACCCGCCAUGUUUGUCUCGAGGCCGGCUGAAAAUUCGAUCACCGUCACCACCGGAGAGGAUGUGAGCGUGUCGUUCAGAUGUGCUGGGAAUCCGAAACCACGGGUGUUCUGGAUGAAAGGACUAAAAGACAUCACCAACGGUCCCCGAUCAUACAAGGAAGCGAUUGAUGAUUACGUCAGACUGACCUUGAAGAGAGUUGCACCAUCGGAUGAAGGCACUUACUGCAUCUUAGUCAAAAACAGACAUGGCUGCGAUAGAAGUUUCUUUUCGAUAAAGGUGAAACAGCGGGCCAGGUCACUGACACCCGACUGGAGUACCGUCAGCAGCCGUACCGACACCGGAAGUCUUCUAGGAUUGACGUCUGACAGUCGUGACGAUGAACUGUCCUACGUAAAAAAUGUCCCUGGACCGAUUAGCAGUGAGCCAGUCGUCAUUGACGGCGGAAAGAACUGGCUAUCUCUGAGUUGGGGCAAAGCUGAACAAAGGGGGCCAGCACCUGUUAUCGCUUAUAGGGUUGACGCUUGGCUGCUUGGUAGCGACGGAGGUGCACGAUGGGUCGAGCUGGGUAUGACGCCGAUCAACGCGUUCGAUGCGUUCAACUUGAAGCCCGGCGGCGAGUACAAGUUCCAGGUGACACCGCGGAACCGCUACGGAUGGGGCGAGUCCGUCACCAUGACGAGCUCCGUUAAGGUCACCGAGACUGUCGAUCUUCCGGAGUUCACGAAAAUCUUGCCAGGUCAGCUCAAGGUUCUCGAGGGGACAACAGUAAAAUUGGAAUGCGAGAUACGCAGUGACUCGAAAGUCGAUAUAAAAUGGUACCGUGAAUCUUCUGAAAUAGAUCUGAACAACGAACCAAGGUGUUCGAUCUCACGCGACGGAUCGAAGUGUAUGCUUACAAUCGAAAACGUUCAGGAAAUCGAUUCCGGCAGAUACGUUUGCGAAGCUGGAAACUUGAUCGGCAAAGUCUCGUCGUUUGCUAGAGUGCUCGUCGUCAAUGAUCCGAAGAUCAUUGAAGCCGAUGCUAAACUUAAAUCCAGUGAGCUAGUAGACGAUCUAGAAGACAGACCACCGCAAUUCACCAUGAGAAUACGAGACAGAAGAGUCCAAGUGUCAUAUCCUGUGAGAUUGACGUGUCAAGUAACAGGACACCCCCUCCCUGAGGUCACAUGGUACAAAAAUGGCACCGAGAUCCGUCAAGAUGAGCGCCACGUAUUCUGGAACGACGAUUCGAAUUUCUACACGUUGGAAAUCGUUCAUUCCACUCUGGAGGAUUCUGGCUGUUACAUGGUGUCAGCAAGGAAUGCCAAUGGGUCGGUGUCCUGCCGCUGUAUCCUCGUCGUCGACAAGGGAAUCCGUGCUUACAUAGCUCCGGAAUUCUUGUGCGACCUCAACGCUGAAUACACGGUAAAACCAGGAGGGGAUCUACGAAUGACGGCUCAAAUAGAGGCAUAUCCUAGCGUCGGAGUCGUAUGGCACCGCGAUGGAAUCCGUCUCCGUCCAAGCAGAAGAGCAGUAAUGACCUUGAACCACGACGGUACCGUUGAACUGUCCUUGGGUAAGGUUACCGGAAGGGACGCCGGUGUUUAUAUCUGCACUGCGACCAAUGAGGUUGGCCGAGCUGAAACCUCUACGAGGGUAUCAGUUGUUGGCACUGAAAAACACGAUGAUCAAUUGUCAAUUGAUAAGACACCAAGUGUCUCUGUCGCAACACCAGAUAUACCAUAUUCAAAGGAGCCUCUGUUCAUCACGAAGCCUUUGUCCACCGAAGCGGUCGAGGGUGACACAGUCAUUAUAUCAUGUGAAGUGGUCGGUGAUCCCAAACCGGAAGUAAUGUGGCUGCGCGACUUUCUCAAGCCUGAUUACUACCGGGACGCGCCUCACUUCCGGCUGGUCGGCGAAGGACCUCAGUAUCGGCUCGAGAUACCCUAUGCGAAACUCGAUUUUACGGGAACGUAUUCCGUGAUAGCGCGUAACUGCCAUGGGGAUGCUAAGGCUGUGAUUUCUUUACAGAUCUACGCGAAAGGUCAAGGUAAAGAAGAAAAGAUGAAGAAAUCGGGGGUCACUCAUGGAAAAGUGCUAACAUUGCCGGAGGUCACAAGAGAACUGCGGGACCUAAGGUGCUGCGAUGGCGACGCUGUCGCCCUUGAGUGUAAAGUUCACGCCACACCCGAGGCACUGGUGCGCUGGGAACGCGCAGGAAAGAUUAUUCCUAUGAGUGGCGACUUCUCCUCGGAAUUCGACGGGGAGACCGCCCGUUUGAACAUCCAACACGUUUACCCGGAGGACGAGGGCGAGUACACCUGCGUGGCCUACAACGACCUCGGAAAAGCAUUCACGUCGGCGUGCCUAGUAGUGGAUGUUCCCGAAGGGAAAGAAAAUGUUUUAAGCCAAAGAUUGACCAGACCUGCAGGUCUAUUGUCAGCAGGAUCAACGCCGAGAUCGACACCGCGAUCAACGCCGAUCAGAAGCUUAUCUCCGGCAGUUUCGCAUGGCCGAGAACUAAGAUCCCCGCAAUUGUUGCCGCGAGGUAGAUCGACAUCGAGACGACCGAAGAUCUGUCCACCGAAAUUUUAUGCAGUCCCGCACAACCGGGUGGUAGAGGAAGGUGAAACCGUGCGAUUCCAGUGCGCUGUGGUCGGCCAUCCCACACCGUGGGUAAAAUGGGACAAAAAUGGCUUAGCCGUUACACCUACCGCAAGGAUCUCCGUGAAGGAACGGGACGACGUGAAAAUAUUGGAAAUCGUCGAAGUCACCCAAGAAGACGCGGGAUUAUACAGGGUGACUGUGGAGAACGAUUAUGGCCGUAUCGAGGCUAGUGCUCGUUUAGAAGUGAUAAAUCGCCAACUGCUUGGACCGGUUUCCCGAAUGAUUAGAACCAGAAGCGCCUCACCGAGGACGUAUCCAUCAUUCGGACGAAGUCUCCUCGACUCAACAACCAGAAUUAAUAGUCGACUGCAACUCCAUUGCAGCAUUAGGGGAACGCCCAGUCCAACGCCAACGUGGUUCAGAAAUGGACGACCGUUGGAACGGUCGAGCAGGAUAAAAAGAUACUUUGACGGCAAAACCGCGAGGAUCGAAAUUUCAAAGGUGAAAGCGAGCGACGCGGGUGAAUAUACCUGCGUUGCAACGAACGUCCUUGGUUCCAGCAAGAAUACGUGUCAGGUUACCGUUCUCGAUCCACAUGAUCCGUCCACUUCUGACAAAGACCCGCCGGCGUUCGUGCAAUCGCUCUCCGAAGAAUCGAUCGUCAUGGAGGGUCAUUGCUAUGAGCUUCAAACGAGACUCACAGGUACUCCACCCUUCACGGUUGUUUGGUUAAAAGACGGCCGCGAAAUACCCGACAACGAUUAUUACAAAUACGUCAUAUACGGUGACAGUGGAGUCGCUCUUCGAUUGUCAAACGUGUCUCCACAGGAUGCUGGGGAAUACACUUGUCUCGUUCGCAACGGAUUUGGGGAGACUUCUUGCAACGGCCUCUUUGCUGUUCAAGAUUACAAAGGUGUUCCGAAACUAGCGCCGCAGUUCACGAAAACUCCGGUAUCCGUUUUGGCAUCGAAAGGGGAAACCGCGUGUUUCUGCGCGCGGAUACAGUGCGGGAAGCCCAUGGAAAUCACGUGGACCAUCAAUGGAAAAAACAUUAAAGACAAUUCAAGGUGCAAGAUUGAAAAAAAUGAUAACGUGAGCAUCCUCCGAGUACACAACGUGUCAACCCAAGACACCGGCGAAAUUCGAUGCACAGCAUCCGUUGCUGGGAAUGGACCAUCGAUCAGUUGCACGGCGGAAUUGCAAUUGAAGCGAUCGCAUCACGGCCUCGAUGAUCCUUCGUCAACCCGCAACUCCAUAUACCCGGAGACAAAAGCUAAGAAAGGUACAAAUUGCAUGCGCAGCAAUUCCGCGAGAAGAACGGCAAGAGACUUUCCUCCUUCGCCCAGGAAUCAUCGACACGAGCCGCCGAUGCGCGCCAGAUCGUCCUCGUUGCCGUUGAAAUCCGUUGAUGUGAAACGACAGUCUCCUUCGCCCGCGAAAAGAAACGUUCCUCCGAGUCCAUUGCUCGGCCAAAGAAAAUUAAUCGAAAAGAAACCGAUUAACAAAAAAGAUCUCGAUUCCAAAAAGACAAAAGACAACGUGGCUCGUUUGGUCAAGGACUCGAGGGAGCCUAAGAGAACCGAAGAGAAAGACAAGAAGGUUUUGUCUUUGAACAAGGAAGAAGUGAACCCAAAGAAGGAACAAUCGUCUUUGAAAACGACAAAUGAAAUUAUUAAGGACAAUUUAGUGGAGAAUGAGGACAAAUGUUUGAAGACACCGACGUCGGAUAGUCCUGACGCGUGUAAGACUGAAAAUAGUUUGAAAGAAACUCGAGACAACUGUGGGAACUACGAUGACACGCCUAUAAUAUGCAUGGAUUGUGAUUUGACUUCGGCGGAACCGGAAGAAGCUUCCGUUUCGAAGAGUAACGAUGAGAUCGAAAUAAAAGAGAGGAAACUCGAAGCGACGAACGAACUUAUUCCGGCCGCCAUUUUGAAGGUGCCAGCUGACGUCACGGUGUUCAGGGGGAAUAGGGUGGUGCUCAGGGUCAGCUAUCGGGGUCACCCGGAACCCCGGGUUAAAUGGCUCCGAGCGGGACGAGAGCUGGCUGCAGACAAGAAAACUGCGAUCACCUGUGGCGGAGGUGUGUCUUGCUUAAUAUCAGACGACGUCACCGCUGAUAACGCUGGAAAGUACGAGGUGUCAGUAGAAAAUCAUUUGGGUAAUGACCGGCGGUGCUUCAGCGUCGCCGUAGAAGGACCACCAGACCCACCAGCGGGUGUUCCCAGCGUGUGCUGUUCUCCGGGAACAACUACCAUUAAUUGGCGAUCGUCACCGUACGACGGAGGUUGCACAGUCACUGGUUAUACCGUAGAAAUUAACCGCGCCGGGGAAAACACGUGGACGACCAUCACCGAGUCCUGUCACUCGCUGAGUCACACGGUACCCGGGAAGGACACUGCGGUUCCCGGCGAGAGAUAUCGAUUUCGCGUUCGAGCGGAGAAUAUCCACGGGGUCAGCGAACCAGGUAACGAAUCUGAGUUCGUCAGAAUCCCGAUGGAAGGCGAAAGGCAACUAUACGACGACGAAGAAGAAUUCGAUCCACCUUUCACAGCCCGAGUGGUUGAGAUGGAAGAUGGACCCCUUUUUGCCGAUCGAUACGAAGUGUUAGAGGAACUUGGCAAAGGUCGAUACGGAACAGUGAGGAGGGUGAUCGAGAAAUCCUCCGGAACGAGCUUCGCAGCGAAAUUUGUCAGGACCAUAAAGACGAAAGAUCGAGAACAGGUUCGGGAAGAGAUUCGAAUUAUGAACAUGUUGAGGCAUCCGAAGCUUCUUCUUCUCGCUGCUGCGUUCGAGAAUCCUCGAGAGACCAUUAUGAUCACGGAAUACAUUUCCGGUGGCGAACUGUUCGAAAGGGUUGUUGCCGACGACUUCACACUGACCGAAAGGGACAGUAUACUUUUUAUGAGGCAAAUCUGUGAGGGUGUUGAAUAUAUGCAUCAGAAUAAAAUAGUCCACCUGGAUUUGAAGCCGGAGAACAUAAUGUGCAGAACACGGACCUCCCACCAAAUAAAGCUAAUCGACUUUGGUUUGGCGCAAACUUUGAAGCCAGACACUCCGAUCAGAGUCCUAUUCGGCACGCCGGAAUUCAUUCCACCGGAAAUUAUAAGUUACGAGCCGAUUGGUACCGAAUCGGAUAUGUGGAGCGUCGGUGUGAUUUGCUACGUUCUGUUGACCGGUUUAUCGCCGUUCAUGGGCGACAACAACGUCGAAACCUUCGCCAACAUUAUUCGAGCGGACUACGACCUGGAAGACGAAGCAUUCGACGCCAUAUCGAACGACGCUAAAGACUUCAUUAGCGGUCUACUUAUCAAACGAAAGGAAUUGCGAAUGUCGGCAAGAAAGUGUUUAGAACAUCCUUGGAUGGCACAACACACGGAAGCUAUGAGCAGAAUAGCCUUGCCGACAGAAAAAUUAAAGAAAUUCAUUGUACGAAGAAAGUGGCAGAAAACAGGAAACGCCAUUCGUGCACUGGGGAGAAUGGCAAUCCUUUCGGCGAAUAACAGACGAAGUCCAACGACGACAGCCGAGUCGUCGCCCACGUCAGAACCUUCGUCGAAUCCAAUAAAGUCUCCGAGAGGCUCCGAAACAUCCUCGGACGAACCAAAAAAGCACAGUGUCGAGGACAAAUCCGAAACAAACUCGGAUUCAUCGAAGAGGAACGUGUAUUCCUUCUGUUACAAAACGGAGGUGAGCAUCUUUCCAGAGGAAACGUUAGACGCCUCUCUAAAAAUGGAAGAGUCGUCAGACCUUGACGACUCCUGUUUGAAAAACGAAUCUACGCGGGACCUCGCGAGAUCGUGUUCAUGGAAAACUGAGACCGAAGAGGCCCGAGAAACCGACACCACUGAGAAAACUGAGGAACAAACGGACAGAGUUCGCUCGGACGAGUUAGUUCCUUCUUCGACGGAAACUGUCGCAGAUAGAAUGGACGUCGUCACAGAGUACCAAAUGGAAGAGUCCAUCAUUAUAAAAGAAGACACUUCAAUAGUGAAAAGUAUACGUUUCGAAGAGAAAAGUUCGAGUAGUAAUUUAGAAAGUACAACGCAAUUCGACCAGGAAACGAAGAAUUAUAGCAACGUUCGAGAAGAAUUGGUAUCUAAAUUGAAAGGUGAAGAUGAAAGCUACAGUCCCGAAAGUUUCGAGACGAGUUCAACGUUGAAUUUCGAAAAGCAAAGCAUUGAUCAGGAAGAAGCGAUGUUUGAAGAAAAAGAUUCGAAGGAAAGAACAGAGCAAGAUGCCAAUGUGAGCUCGCAGAAGCCUAGACGAGUGUUUAGGGGUGACUCUAGAGACUCUGGAAUUGGUGACUGUAUUUCGAAUUUGUCUGCUUCAUUGCAACACGUAAAUGAAAUAGGUAUUUCGUCGAUUAAAGAGGAAGAAGACAACGAUAACAAUAACGGUAAAGACGUUUCAAAGCGGCCGGAACAGUUCGACUGCCGCAAACGCCCCGACAAGAUGGCCGACGUGUCGGAAGACGCUCGGGACUCGGCCGCUACGACGUUCAGUGGUGUAACUAAAGCUUCGCGUGAGAAUAAUCGGCAUGAAGAUGCCAGCGAAAUUGAGGACCCCAGGCUGCUAAUCGGUCGCAUUCGAAGUAAAUUCGUCCCGACCGGAAACGUAAGUCGCACCGCGAAACUGUUCGAAAAGGAGGCGGCAUCGUCGAAACCUGCUCCGAACAUAAGUCAGGUGUCGCAACGCGCGUAUUCCACGGUCCCAGUCGCCGCCGCGAAGCCCCAUAACGAAAGGGUACAGAAAGCGUUCGCAUUCUGGAACAAAUAAUCAAAAAAUCCGAGUAUUGCGAAGCUCAAGCGUUAAUCGGUAGUUAUUUCGACGUACGGAGCAUUCAUUUGCCAAAGAGAUUAACUUCGCAAAAGGAAAAAUAAAAAAAA